CAAAGACAGGGGCCUGUGCGGCAUUCGUCGGCGCAGGGUCUCAAGGCAAGCCAUUCGAGUUUCCAAUUCGCAUGCAAAAAAUGCUUCAAUCUGACGAGAGCUGUACGUAGUGUACGAUAGGGUCCACUGUACAUCUAAGUUACCGUCGCUCCUUUAUAAGUCCAUCAUUCCUUCAUCCAUAAUGUUUCGUUCAUCCGUUUCUGCGCGUCCUUUAUGCCGUGGAGUGCAGCAGAGACCAGUUGCGCGAGCAGGAGCAUUGCUGCAGUUCCGCGCCCAUCAGGCGUCAAGAAGGUUUACAUCACGGUACGUCCUCGCAUACGCAAGGACCCGCACCUACGAGGGGCGGGGAGCUAAUCGAUCGUCACCCCGCAGUUACUCCGUCUUGAUUCGCCUACCCUCAUCCUCAGCAACAGCCAGUCCCUUAAACCGUCAUCGACCGCUCUCUCAACCCCAAACGCUCCGUCUCCGUAGCCUGCCUGUCCGUUACUGCUCUUACCGCCGCCACAACAUGUGCCGAACACACGCUGCGGCCGAAAUGGCAGGUGGGGUGAACGUGCAGGCCAGGGAACUGCUCCCCACCAACGUCAUCCCCCGGCACUACAAUAUCACGUUGGAGCCCGAUUUCAAGAAGCUGACCUUUGACGGCACCGUCGUCAUCGACCUCGACGUCGUCGAGGACUCCAAGUCCAUCUCGCUGCACACACUCGAGCUCGACAUCCAUGACGCAAAGAUCACCUCGGGCGGGCAGACAGUCAGCUCGUCCCCUACCGUGUCGUACAAUGAAGACACCCAGGUCAGCACGUUUGAGUUCGGCAAUGCCGUCACCAAGGGAAGCAAGGCGCAGCUCGAGAUCAAGUUCACCGGCCAGCUCAACGACAAGAUGGCCGGUUUCUACCGGUCGACCUACAAGAACCCCGACGGCAGCGAGGGCAUCAUGGCCGUCACUCAGAUGGAGCCCACCGACGCCCGCCGAUCGUUCCCCUGCUUCGACGAGCCCUCUCUGAAGGCCGAGUUCACCGUCACUCUCGUUGCCGACAAAAAGUUGACUUGCCUGAGCAACAUGGACGUCGCGUAUGAGAAGGAGGUCAAGUCCGAGCAGACGGGUGGCAUCAAGAAGGCCGUCACCUUCAACAAGUCUCCGCUCAUGUCCACAUAUCUGGUGGCUUUCGUCGUCGGCGAGCUGAACUACAUCGAGACCAACGAGUUCCGGGUACCGGUCCGCGUUUACGCCCCGCCCGGCCAAGACAUUGAGCACGGCCGGUUCUCGCUGAACCUGGCCGCAAAGACGCUCGCGUUCUACGAGAAGGUCUUCGGUAUCGAGUUCCCGCUUCCCAAGAUGGACCAGAUUGCCAUCCCCGAUUUCGCCCAGGGCGCGAUGGAGAACUGGGGCCUCGUCACCUACCGUGUGGUAGACUUGCUGCUGGAUGAGAAGGCCAGCGGUGCGGCGACGAAGGAGCGGGUAGCCGAAGUGGUGCAGCACGAGCUGGCGCACCAGUGGUUCGGCAACCUGGUCACGAUGGACUGGUGGGACGGCUUGUGGCUUAACGAAGGGUUCGCCACCUGGGCGUCGUGGUACUCGUGCAACAUCUUCUACCCGGAGUGGAAGGUUUGGGAGUCGUAUGUGGUCGACAACCUCCAGCGUGCCCUCUCCCUGGAUUCGCUCCGGAGCAGCCACCCGAUCGAGGUUCCUGUCAAGAGGGCCGACGAGAUCAACCAGAUCUUCGAUGCCAUCUCGUACUCCAAGGGUUCCUGCGUCCUGCGCAUGAUCUCCACCUACCUCGGCGAGGAAACGUUCCUGGAGGGCGUCAGGCGGUACCUCAAGAAGCACGCGUACGGCAACACCCAGACCGGGGAUCUGUGGGCGUCUCUCGCCGAAGCCAGCGGCAAGAAGGUGGAGGAGGUGAUGCAGGUCUGGACCAAGAAUAUCGGUUUCCCCGUGGUGACGGUGACGGAGAAGGACGACAAGACCAUUCACCUGAAGCAGAACCGGUUCCUCCGCACCGGCGACACCAAGCCCGAGGAGGAUCAGGUCAUCUACCCUGUCUUCCUUGGGUUGCGCACCAAGGAUGGCAUCGACGAGUCGCAAACUCUGACCAAGCGGGAGGAUACCUUCACAGUGCCGAGCACCGACUUCUUCAAGCUCAACGCGAACCACACCGGUCUGUACCGCACUGCCUACUCGCCGGAACGGCUCAAGAAGCUGGGCGAUGCCGCGAAGGAGGGACUGCUCAGUGUUGAGGAUAGAGCCGGCAUGAUCGCUGAUGCUGGCGCGCUCGCCACCUCUGGCUACCAGCGCACCUCGGGCGUCUUGAGCCUUCUCAAGGGCUUCAACUCGGAGCCCGAGUUCGUCGUCUGGAACGAGAUCAUUGCCCGCGUCUCCUCGGUUCAGAGUGCCUGGAUCUUUGAGGACCAGGCGGACCGCGAUGCCCUGGACGCGUUCCUGCGGGACCUCGCGAGCCCCAAGGCGCACGAGCUGGGCUGGCAAUUCUCCGAGAAAGACGGCCAUAUCCUGCAGCAGUUCAAGGCUAUGAUGUUUGGCACUGCCGGCCUCAGCGGAGACGAGACCAUCAUCAAGGCCGCCAAGGACAUGUUCAAGAAGUUCAUGGCUGGCGACCGGACAGCGAUCCACCCCAACAUCAGGGGCAGCGUCUUCAGCAUGGCCCUGAAGUACGGAGGCACGGAGGAGUACGAUGCGGUCAUCAACUUCUACCGCACCUCAACCAACAGCGACGAGCGCAACACCGCGCUGCGCUGCCUCGGCCGGGCUAAGAGCCCCGAGCUGAUCAAGCGCACCCUCGACCUCCUGUUCAGCGGCGAGGUCAAGGACCAGGACAUCUAUAUGCCGGCCAGCGGUCUCCGCAGCCAUCCGGAGGGAAUCGAGGCGCUGUUCACCUGGAUGACGGAGAACUGGAACGAGCUCAUCAAGAAACUGCCGCCAGCAUUGUCGAUGCUAGGCACCAUGGUCACCAUCUUCACGUCGAGCUUCACCAAGAAGGAGCAGCUCGAGCGGGUGGAGAAGUUCUUUGAGGGCAAGAACACCAACGGCUUCGAUCAGUCUCUGGCCCAGAGUUUGGAUGCCAUCCGGUCCAAGAUCUCGUGGAUCGAGCGUGACCGGGCGGAUGUGACCGCUUGGCUGAAGGAGAACGGAUACCGGUCGUAAAAUGACAUUCGUAGUAGCUACAUAGUAGAGAUUGUUGGGGGGGGGGGGGUUCUAACUAAAAGACGGCCAGCCUCGCCAGCCAUCCUACAAAUCUGAGUUGCUAUAGCACAUACCAACGUCUAUAAGGGGCCACUAACGGUAGGCCUUGUGAGAC